GAUGCCAAGAUCCGAGGGCAAACAACAACAAAGCACGAUAGACGGUUCUGAUUAUUGAUUUUUCCACAGCAAGGCGGAUGCUAAAAUGCAUUCCGAUAGUGUUUACCGGCUCGUUGACGAGCUGGUCGAAUCGAUUGGCCAACAGUACUGCCCGCAGGUCGACGUAAAAACAGUGAAAAAAUGUAAAUCACGAGCAUUUGGAAUACUGCUCGGAAAAGCUGGGGCUGGUCAACCCGUGCCGGAAUGCACCGCUGAUCCGCUGGCAAUGCUGGAAUGCCAUCACUUUGAGAUGCAGAUGACGUCACGGUACAAGUAUCAACUAGAGCGCUGUGAACGAUUUGAACGGUUGUUGGACCAAAUCCGAAGUUUCGAACCCGAAGACGGUGCGGUGCUGGUGGAUACGGAGCGUGCGGUGCUUCAGUUUUUGCUGACGCUAAAGAAUUCCUCCAUCGAUUGCAGUGACAUCCUUGCAGAGACACCUUUUUUCGGCCACAGUAAGAUGCCGGCCGCACGGUACGGACCUUACCCGAUCUUCCGACCGGAAGACUUCCGAAUGGACGGGCGAUUGCUUUCGGCGUGCUACGACGAGAAGACAAAUCCGUACCUGUUCCGUGCUACGCACGAUGUGUUUACCACCAACAUUGCCAACAUAAUUGCCUGCGAAGCUGUACGGCAGGAUCCACUUCCGGUUGAGUGUUCCUAUUUUAGUGAUAAAAUGGCUAGUUUGGGCCACUAUCAGGGACCGUUUCGGUACAAUCUGCUAAGAGCUAUCCGGCAAACAAAGGCCGACGACGGGCCGUAUGAACUACUGACAAGCUUCGAAAUUGUUCGUUCCGAUGAGCCCGCGAAACAGAACGACGAAGAAAUGUUAAUUUUUGGUAUGAACUGGGAAAACCUUGGUCAGCGUUACAUACCCGGGGAGAAACCUUUUGCUUCCGAAUGUCCCGGAGCAUUGUUUCACACCACUGCUGCUCAUGGAAACAUGCUGGAAUAUAAGCUUCCUGAGCUGAAGAUUGUGUCACGCAUGAGUUUUAUACGCGAUGUAAAAUUUCUCAUCACCGGUGUCAGUUCCAGCCUGUUUCAGUUUGAUGAAAGCAACCGUUUUCGAGCGCUUCCCAACAUUACCAUCGAGGACGUAAAAAUUGAAUCGAUCCAAUCGUUUAUCGAUCAAGCGCUGGUGAUCGGCACAUGCUUCCGGCGGUUGCUGAUGAUGACACGCAAAAAUCCCUACACGCUCGAGCUCAUCAUGGAGGGGUUCGUGUUUAAGGCGUUCUGUGAAAGUGUGGAGAACUUCCUGUGCUGCUAUCGGGUCCUCGUUUACAGCUACACGGGGGAAUCGUUGCUGCAGCUGUUGCAGCUGCUUUCCCCAGCCAACGUACAGUUGCUUUCGAUGGCGAAGCUGUGUAGCUUGCAUCCGGGCAAUGAGAGUGACCGUGAGUUUCCGACUGGUUCGAUGCUGCUGGAUCAUUUGUACCGUGAGCUGAUACAGGUUACGCAGCCGUGUGUGAGCGUGUUCCUGCUUUCGACGCUAAGACGCUGUUGCGUGGAGUAUUUUGCGAUCUUCCAACGGUGGUUGUUUCAGGGCCAGCUGCACGACCCGUCUGGUGAGCUGUUUGUGUUCUUUGUCGAUCAUUAUCGCACAAAUACGAAGCAUUUCUUCGACAAGGCUUAUUUUAUCCGGAGGAAGAGUGUGCCAGGAUUUUUGAAAGGGUACGACGAGGACAUUUUGCUGUGUGGAAAGUACGUCAUGCUGUUGAGAGCUUUCCGACCGUUGCAUCCUUUAUUCACUCUUCGUCAUCCGGAGCUAAACGUUUGCUUGUCCUUCAAUGAAAUCUCGAACCUACGUACCAAAUGGUUGCGCUACGUCGCGAAAGCACGGCAACUCUGUGGACCGGCCGUUUCCGUGCGUGAACUGUACGAAACAAAGCAAAGCGAACGGAUCGAAUUUUAUCGCCUGGUGGAGGAAAACUUCCGCACCUACAUGGACCAAUGGCGGGUGGAGCAGGAAACGGAAGCACAGGAACAGAAGCGACGCAAGCAGAAGCAGAUGGAAGAUUUGUUGGAUCAGUUGAACGAGAUACGGGAGAACAAACUGAUGGCUAAGAGGCAAGAAUUGCAGGAAGAGCUACAGCUAGAGCAGGUUCGUCUCGAGAUGGAAAAUAGACAAUUGUUGCGUGAAAAUCUUGAGCUUACGGAUCGGGUAAAGAAGUACACGGCACUAAACACUAUGAUGGAUGCCAAGCUGGAUGGAUUGCAGACUGCGACGGCGGAGCUGAGCAUCGUGCCGAUAGUUACGAUUACCGCGGACGGUACGGAUGGAGCGAGUGAUGAACCAACGUUUCAGAGCUGUCGUGAAAGUAGGGCCAGUACGACAAGCGUUUCCUUCUACGAGGAUGCUCAGAAGUCGCCCUCGCUGAGUGUCGAUUCUUCUCCGUACGGUGCCGAUAGUACAAGUAGCUGUAGUUCCGCUGCUAAGGGUGAUCUUUCCACAUCCGGAGCUGAAGAUCUUGAUUGUACGGUAAUUGAAGGUCCAAUAGUUCCAACGCUCGACCCGGCAGUACUGGAAAGUGAUCGGCUUAAUUCGAAUCUCCCGCCGGAAGACACUGCAGCGAGUGAAGGUGAACGAAAUCGAGCCAAAGUAUUAGGUUCUACUAUGGGUGUAUUUCAAAAUGAGGAUCAUGCAAAUGCAAAUGUUGAGCAGCUUGUAGUGGCAACGGCAAGUGCUGGAUUACGGAAAUUAACAGAAGCGCAGCGUAAUAAGCUGAAAAUACUAUCACAAGAGUUCGAAAUCGCACCACCAGAAGAUGCUACUGGGAUGGACGUUAAUUGCAAUCGGUUGGCAGAGCGUCGUAAAAAUCGUGAACGAAUCCUAAUAAGUGAUUACACCAAUCGUGCACAAGAGAACACUGCUCCAACGUUUGGCCAAGCCACGGGACAAGAGCUGACGGAACUGCAGAAGAAUCGGCGAAAGAUUAUGAGCCAAGAGUACAAUUUGCUCACCGAAGAUGCGGUACCGGAUGGAACUACAUGCCGCGAUCCGAAUAAAAAACCCACGAUGUACCUAUAUCUCGAUUCGGAUCGCGCUAGGAAUCGCCGGCGAAUAUUAGAAUCGGAGUUCAACAUUGCGACGGGUGUGGAAAACUUUCCCGCCUCACCAAUGUCGGUCGAUAGCGACACAGUGGAUGAAUCAACGAGUCCCUCGGUAGCGCCAACUAACGCGAUUGGUGGAGAACAUGAACUAAAGAAGGAUGUUAAUGCAAAUCCUGUCGCACAAAAAGGGAAUGGUCUAAAGUUGGAUGUAAUAGCGGCAGCUGAUGCGGCGGAAAGGUUUGCGAUUGAUAGACGGUUCGGAAUCCCCGAUACAGCUGCACUUGCACUGGAAACCCCGGCCAGUGCAAUGAAACCUGCCGGAGAAGCAGAAGAUGGACUCGAUGGAGGGUUUGAUUUUACCCGAGCGAAAGCGUUGGAAAGAAGAGACGGGUCGAGCGCGUGCCACAGUCUAGUUCCGGUCGAGGUCAAGGAAAAAGAAGCGGAGGAAGAUGAUGAAAUUUAUCGGGAAUUUGUGCUUGCGAUGAAAAAGCAAUGCGAAAACUUCUGUCGUUUAGCAAUCCCGAGUUUGAGCUCGGAUGAUACGGAACCGGACGACGAUUCCGCUUCAAAAGUGCUUGAAAAAGAGCUUAAUAGUGUGGACGUUCUGACCAUAACGCGCUUCCUGCAGUAUUCGUUGGUGAUUCCCUUGAAAGCGCACAUGGAGAUCGUGAAUAACGAGAUACUGAAGAUGUAUCUGUACGAUCUGGAUAUACUGGGACACUUCGAGAGCUUGCGCAAUUACUUCCUGCUGAUGGAUGGCGAAUUUUCAACCCACAUUUGUGACAAUCUCUUCAACCGAUUGGAAACGGUACGGACUCCGGAGGAGUUGCUUAACUAUCAAACGCUUCAUUCGAUCCUGGAUGGGGCUCUGUACUCGAGUAAUGCCGGUACCGAUCCAAACGCCAACCGGUUAUCGUUCAUCGUGUGCCAAGUGCCGGAAAAGUUCGACCUAUAUUCGCCCAAUGUGUUUAGCAUGCUGAACCUAAGCUAUCGCGUUGAGUGGCCCCUCAAUUUGAUCUUCUCGAUGGAAACGAUCGAACAGUACACGAACGUGUUUAAGUACUUGGUGAAGGUACGGCGCGUUAGCUACGUGCUGGAGGAUUCAUUCCAGCUGCUCAAGGAAGCUAGCAAACGGUUGGGAAAACCUUUACUCCAUUCGCCGCAGUACGCACGCGUCCAGCUGAUUCGUCACAAGUUGUCCCAUCUGGUGAAUGCUCUGAAGAACUACAUCACAAGCAGUGUGCUGCACGCUUCCUGGGAAGCAUUCCGUGAGGAUCUGCAGUAUUCCACCGAAACGAUGGAAGAUCUAUUCCGGAAGCAUCGGACGUAUCUGAAGCGCGUUAUCUUUCUCUGUCUGCUGAACAAGAGGAGCAUUGAAUUUUACAACAAUAUCGAGCAAAUCUUUCGUGUGGUGCUUCGAUUCUAUCGGCAUCUGCGUUCGAAGGAGUGGAGACUGCAGGAACCAUCGCUGGCAGCAGGGAACGGCAUGCAGUACUAUGUGCAUCCACGUUACCGGCAGAUGCUGGACGAUGAGGUGGACUUUGAGAAGCUGAUCAAGUACACGAUCUUCCUGGGCAACAAGAUGUACGAUCAUGGAUAUCAGAAGGAAAUAUCGGAAUUUCUGCACGUCAUCAAUAUUAAUGGUUAUUACGAUGAUGUGAAGCCUGUUGUUAGCUAA